CCGGGACGUAAACUUGGAACAUAGUGUUCGGCCUGUGAAGGAACUGGGCUGUCAGCCCAAACCUUACAUAGUAGAACGUGGGGAAACUUGAAAGGUGAUCCGUAAUACGUACGAAAUCGCUUUUCUCCAACAACCCCGUAUGAACAUACCAAAAAAAAGUAAAGUCCUCGACUCGACUUUCUUUUUCUUCGCUGUUCUCAUCCACUCUACGACAUGGUUACUAGCACAAUAUCUCCAAUAGCGACUUCGAGUCCCUCCACAGCUAUGAAUCCCACAACGACAGAGCAUGACUUUCGCUUCCCACGAAGACCUUUUGAGUCCACCGCCAAAUUGGCCCAGACAAGUAAGAAGACAGUCGAGAACAGUCCUGGUGACUUGCGCAUACACGAGCUUAACUUGGAUUUUACAAAAUCAGAUGCAGACACGUCAUGGAUCGAUUUUCUGCAACCCUCGGUUUUCCCUAGUUUUCAGAAUGGCGUAUGCGAAGACGACGAGAGUUUGAAGCAAUUGCAGCGAAACGACCCGCUCGCAACCCAAGUUUGGAAGUUCUUUCGCAACACGAAACAGAGCUUGCCUAACCAGGAGCGCAUGGAAAAUUUAACGUGGCGUAUGAUGCACUUAACCCUACAGAAAACACGACAGGAAGAUGCUCGCCGCACCGCUUCUCGUGAGAUUGGCAACGCCGUAAAUGUUACCAAUGCCCCAAGUGGUAUCGCACAACUUCGAAAGACUUCAGACCAGAGCGUAAUACAUACGGAUCCCAUGAAUAUUGACGAUUUUAUAUUUUCUGACAAUGUUGCUACCCCGUCCGGGUUUGCAGCAACGCCUUCGCCGGACAUAAACAAACAAGAGACAGAAAAGCUGGCUCACGCUUCAUCCGCUGCUAUCCCUAUCAAAUCUCGCAAAGCCCCUUCACAGCUCUUCGUUCCCCAGUCGGUUCCCGUUCCCGCUCACCAGAGAAAUCAGGAUGAGUUUGCCUACGUCACUCGACACCAUCGAAAAACCAGCAUUGACGAGAGACGAACUCGAAACUUGAAGCGCCCUGCUAAUUUUUCCCCUCACGUCUCGGCUCUGAGCAGCACUAAUUAUGUCUCUCACGAGUUGGAUGCCGACUCUGAUCUUCACGAAUACUCGUUGGACAACUCUCAUACAAACAGCAACGCCCAUGCACCUCAUCAUCCAAGCGUCCCCUUUCCUCUUGACACUUUUUCCAUGGAGAACGACCCUAUCAUUACUUCAGCAGGGCCCUUCCAGCAGGGAUUUUCAUUCUCCCCGUCGUCAUCCCCAAUGGUUCCUCAUGGUACCUUUUCUAACUUCUACAAUCACCACGGUGUUGCGACAAACUCGGUGAGUAGCGCCGACUACUAUUCCCCGCCGGGAUCUGCAUAUCAAUCGGCUGUUUCUACACCACAUCCUCUGGUAGAAAAUGAGAAUUUGUUUUUUGGUUCCAUCGAUAUGCGUCAUCAAAGAGCACCAAACUUCCGCCCAGGACCGGCGGGGUCCAUGAGGGGUCAGGUCAACCAACAAUUCAUGCAUCAACAUACCGGUAACUCGAUGUUUCCACCAACCACCACCGGAGCAGAUUCUUCUGCUUCGUACACGCAAACCCUUAACUUUGGUCAUGUUGAUCCGAGCCAGGUCUUUCAGUCAGACAACCCAGUCCGUUCACCUGGCGUGGGCAUGGCGCCUGAAACUAUGUUUAACUUCGGGGCCGAUUCCGAUAACGAAGAUGAGGAGGGUGGUGCGUUUGCUGACCGCAACAUGGGCAUGCAGUUUUCGCCUGAACAUGAAUCGGGGAUGGAUGUAGGGACUCAAAAUUCCAUGGGAUGGGAUGCUUCUCUACCUGGACAGUUCAGCACCCAAGCAGCCCGUUAUCCUGGUGGGCCGCCUCGAAAGCAAGUCACUAUCGGGGGCACGACAACAGAUUAUUUAGAGCCGGGUGACUGGGACGACCAAGCUAACAUACCGCGGGCGCAAUCGUUUCGAUUGGCCAACGAGAGGCGUCAGAAGAUACCUCGUACCGCCUCGACGCCAAACGCUAGCAUGGCUGGUCGUGGGAAUCCUUUCGACAAAUUGGCUCAAUCAAACCCGAAUUCUCCGCCAGCAGACGUGUCAGGUACUGUCUCGGGCUUCUCUUCCGUGGCACCCAGUCGACCUACUUCCCCACCUGGUUCCAAACACGGCUCCACGAGCAACCUGCAAGCUGCCGCAGGAGGACAGGGAGAUGGAAAUGCACCCACUACCUGUACUAACUGUUUUACACAAACCACACCGCUGUGGCGUCGAAACCCAGAAGGCCAGCCUCUGUGUAACGCAUGCGGCCUAUUUUUGAAGCUUCACGGAGUCGUGAGGCCUCUAAGUCUAAAGACUGACGUUAUUAAGAAGCGUAAUCGUGGAUCUGGCGCGAGUCUCCCCGUCGGCGGAACGAGCACGAGAUCUAAGAAGAGUACGGGCAACGCGUCAGGAACUGCCUCUGGGCCCGCUUCCCGGAAGAACUCGACGUUAGCUAUCUCUGCUACGAACACCACAACGCAGGUAACUACGCCACCAUCGGCGAUCAACAGAGCCGGCAGCGUUAAUGAGGGCGAAAGCCCUGCAAGCGGCGCUGGCGGUUCCGGUGGUAACACAGCAGGAAGUACCCCGACUAGCUAUGCGGGUUCUGCUACGGGCGCAGUGGGCGGCAAAGGUGUCGUUCCAAUUGCAGCAGCUCCACCGAAGAAUGCUCCAGGACCAGGUGCCGCCUCACUCCCGCGAAACAUCGGCGCCAAUGGCUCCUCUAAACGCCAGCGCCGAAGCAGCAGGAGUGCUGGACCGAACGAGUCAUCGAACGGUAUGGAUGUUGAUAGCCCCGAGAAUUCGACUGGCUCGAACGAAGCAGCUCGUUCCGGUAGUUCUUCCAAUGGACUCACCGGGAUGCCCAACCCAGGAAACCUAGGUCUUGCUAAUGGUUUUGGUAUGUCUCAAAGACCGAUGAUGGGACACGGCAUGGCCGGAAUGGCUGGGAGUUCCAGCGGUGCAAUGAAUACCGGGUCUGGAAACGGCCCUCAGGAAUGGGAGUGGUUAACCAUGAGUCUAUAAAGACUUGGCUACCUACCUGCUUAGUGUUGUGUCCUAUGAGGGAGUUUGUUUUUUGUGAGCGCGGUCUCUUAUACUUGAAUAGUACCUAGGAUAUAGGAGUACCUAGUAUAUUAUUUACUGGCCGGGGAACUAGCGAUAAGCUAUGGCUCCGUCCUAACAACCCCAAUACCCCUACAGGCGGUCUAGCUAGAGGAGAAGCACUGUAGCAAUAAGUUUAUGAUCAUUAAUGUCAAUAUUAAGGCCUGUACGUACUUGAAUGACAACUAGGUAGGCGUGAACUGAAACAUCGUGGCUGUGGUCGCCUAUGUAUCCCUUAGCGUCAAUAUGACUAUGACUUUACAGCUUUCUCUCU